AAGUUCAACUAUGAGUCAAAAUACUUUACAAAAUGAUCAAAAUAACCAAAAUGAUCACACUUUUACUGAAUUCAAUAAUUUGCAGUCUACUGUUAUUCAACCGGGACAUUCUUCAAAUAUUAAUUACAAUGAUGUGAAUGCCAACUCUUCCGAUAAUAAUUUCCCAACAUUUUAUACAGACACCAAUUAUUCAGACCAACAACCCAUUUCUAACGAAAAUAUUUCAACUCCAAUUGUCUCUUCGUAUGCUCCGCAGUAUGUUGGGCCGCAGCAACCUAUUGAAAAUAUUCCUUCUCCACUUGGUUCAUUUAAUAUGACUACUAUCCACCCUUCUCAAUCUGAAAUCUUUAGUUUUGAUAUUCCUGGUUUUAAAAUUAUCGUCAUACCCACUUUUUCUCAACAAGAUAAUACUUAUUUGAAUUAUUCUUCAAGUAUCACGGAUACUCAAUUUGAUCAAUUUCAACAAUAA